AUGUCGGACAUUCCCUCGGAACUCGUCCACAACAUACUCCGGCGAGUGCCCGCCGACUCUCUCCUCCGCUUCAGGACCGUCUGCAAGGAGUGGCGCCGCCUCAUGGACGAUCCAUCCUUCAUCAGAUCCCACACCAACAACCAACAGUACUCCUCCGCCACUCUCCUCAUCAGAAACUCAGACGGUACUCGCCUUCAUUCAUUAUCUCUCGACUCCCUGAACUACAAUAACGAUGCCCACCAAGUGAUCGACGUAAGUCCUGUGAAGACAGUGUACCGCGCCGGUGUCCCUCGAGCGCAUCUUUUGCCGGCGGCAUCGUGCAACGGUCUAAUUCUCCUCUCCCACUCCGACGUAAAAAAAAUUUGGGCAAUAUGGAACCCGUUAACCCGACAAUUUCACAAGCUGCCCAAAUUCAUCAACACCAAAUCAUGCUUAAUCACCACUGGGCUCGGGUACGAUUCCGCUUCGGAUGACUACAAAGUAAUGAGGGUAGAUGAACUCCUUGGUCUUCGUAAACCCGUGUACCAAACUAGCGUUUACAGUCUAAAAUCGGAUACUUGGAGGAUAAUCAAGGAUUGCAAAUGUAAUUAUUACAGUAUGAAGCCGGGUGUUUUUCUUAACGGCGCGUUGCACUGGCAUUAUAUUCGUCGCUACAUCAUAACCGUGUUCGUAUUUCGGACCGAAACUUACGAAUUAAUGCGCCAUCCCUACGGCACCGGGCCAGGUGAACCUUCCAGAAUGCAUCUAGAUGCUUUAGGUGGAUGCUUGGUUGUGAGUUACUACUACACGAUGGAUCGAUUGGAUGUAUGGGUGAUGAAAGAAUACGGUGUCCACGAGUCGUGGGUGAAGUUGUUUUCGUUUCGGGAACUAGGUAGUAUCGGUUUCAUGGAGUGCCUCAGGCCUAUUGCUUAUUUCAAGACCAAAGGGCAGUUCUUUAUGCAGCAUGGUGAAGACUUUUUUUGGUUUGAUGUCGAGAAAAAUUCUGCGAAGAAAGUUACGAUUCGUGGGCUCCCGGAGUAUUUCUCUUCUCAAAGUUUGCCUGGGAGCCUUUUUUUACUGGAUGAAAGUUGUUCUGUUGCGGGGAAAAGUACAUCAGAAAUGAAGAGGAAGAGGAACAAGGCAGAUGCAAGUGUGAAGCAUUCUGUAAGAAUCACUGAUGAUUGGUCUCGUUCGGAUUCAACUCCAGAAACAAGUUGGUCGAGUAGUGGUGAUGAUUAG